UCAUGGCCAUUCUUUUUAUGUCCAAAGAGCUUGCUCUGUUUGCAGUGGCAUUAACACUCACCGCAACAUCAGCAGCAGCUCAAACAAAACCAGGAUGCCAAACGCACUGCGGAACCGUAAACAUCCCGUACCCUUUCGGCACAGGCCAAAGCUGCAACAUCAGCAGCAGGAGACAUUACAUUCGUUGUGACAACACCACGGAUCCCCAUACGCCGUUCUUACGAUAUCCGGUCACGAUGGGCUACGCCGAAGUUCAAGUCCUCGACAUCUCCCUCGACGGUUACCUCCGCGUCAACUCGAGCGGCAACAUCGGUUCCGACUGCUAUACGUCAUCGGGACAUGCCUCGAAUUCGAGCAUAGGUUUUUAUUGGCUCAGGGAACUCGCCAUAUCUCACACGAGGAACAAGUUCACCGCCAUCGGUUGCGACACCAUCGCCUACAUCGACAGCUCCUUUAUCGGACUCAACUACUCGACCGGAUGUUUGACGUUCUGCGGCAGCGUAUCGGAUGUGAUAAACGGGUCUUGUUCGGGUAUCGGAUGCUGCCAGACGGCUAUACCUAAAGGGUUAAGGGGCUACCAGUUCAAUUUUGACAGCCGAGGGAACCAUUCCAGUGUGUUGAGCUUCAACCCUUGUAGCUACGGAUUUGUGGUUGAGGAUGGGGCCUAUAACUUCUCGGUGUCGGAUCUUUCCGACACCGAUUUCAGCAAAAGGAAAUUUCCGCUGAUUCUUGACUGGACGAUUGGGAACCAGAACUGCACGGAAGCUCAAAAUGACACAAAAAAUUAUGCCUGCAAGCAAAACAGUGAAUGUGUAGAUCCAGGGAACAACGAUGGGUAUUUGUGCAAGUGUGUCGAUGGUUUUCAGGGCAACCCUUAUCUCGGCUGCCAAGAUGUUAAUGAAUGCGAGACGCUGAAGCCCUGCAGUGGGGGUGGAAGAUGUGAUAAUACAGCAGGAAGCUAUAGGUGUUCAUGCCCAAGAGGGUUCAAGGGUGAUGGCUUGAAAAAUGGAACAGGUUGCAGCCCUUUAACCGACACGGUCGGUGAGGGCUUCUCCACCAUUACUGUCGUUGCACUAGUAAUUGGCUCAAGUUUAGGCCUGCUGAUUCUAAUUGCUGGGGUUUGGUUACUUUACAAGAAACUGGAGAGAAGAAAGAACAACAAACUCAAACAAAAGCUCUUCGAAAGAAAUGGUGGAUUAUUGUUCCAGAAAAAGCUGUCUUCAAAUGAAUCUGGUCUGGACAAAUCUAAACUCUUCACUUCCGACGAGUUGGAGACCGCUACCGAUCGAUUCAAUGAGAACCGAAUCCUGGGUCGUGGAGGCCAAGGAAAUGUCUACAAAGGAAUGUUGUCGGACGGGAGAAUCGUGGCGGUAAAGAGGUCGAAGAUCGUAAACCAAGAGUUCCUUGAACAAUUCAUCAAUGAGAUCGUUAUUCUCUCCCAAAUUGAUCACAGAAAUGUUCUGAAAUUGUUAGGCUGUUGCUUGGAGACCCAAGUGCCACUCCUCGUCUAUGAAUACAUCCCCAAUGGUACCCUCUCCCAUUUUAUCCAUGACCAAAACGAAGAUUACCCGAGGUCGUGGGACAUCCGAUUGCGCAUCGCGGCGGAAGUCGCGAGCGCGAUUUCGUACUUGCACUCGUCCGCGUCGGUCCCCAUUUAUCACCGAGACAUCAAGUCCAGUAACAUACUAUUAGACGAAAAGUUUCGAGCCAAAGUGUCGGAUUUCGGAACGUCUAGAUCGGUAAGCAUUGAUCAAACUCACUUGACUACUCAAGUGCUAGGGACCUUUGGUUAUCUAGAUCCUGAAUACUUCCAGUCAAGUCAGUUCACCGAAAAAAGCGAUGUUUAUAGCUUUGGAGUGGUUAUUGUCGAGCUCAUAACAGGACAAAAGGCGGUCUCGACGAUUGGAUCGCAAGAACGGAGAGGCUUGGUUUCAUACUUUAUGUCGGCGAUGGAAGAAGAUCGUCUGACGAAUAUCAUCGAUGUGCAAAUCCUGAAGGAUGGUCUAAAGGAUGAAGUGGUUGAAGUUGCUCAACUUGCGAGAAGAUGUUUGAACUUGGACGGGAGAAAUAGGCCAACAAUGAAAGAAGCGGCAAUGGAACUCGAGAGACUUAGAACUCAGAAAGGUGAUUGCAUCCCGACCGAUCAACCCAAACAAUUUGUGCGAAAAUCGAGUAAUAGUUGGGAUUUCAGUUCAUUCUCAACACAACAUGACACAAAUUUCAGCAUUACGUCUACAUCGGAAUCAGAUGUUCGUCCACUUAUGUUGGAUACAAUUUGAUUACAUCUCCGA